AUGUUCAACAAUAGGCAAAACGCCCAGAAGCCUGGCAGUGAAUUCAUUGAAAGAUUCCAGAAGAGUUUCCCCAACGUCCUUUCCUCACAACAUCACCGCAAUGUCGCCUCCCUCGGUCAAGUCCCUGCCGCGCCUAUCACCCCAAAUCGGGCCGGUAUGGAAAACGACGGCACUCUCCAAGGUAGCCACGGCAGCCAAGGCAGCCACGACAUUAGAUUCGCACCCUCAUUCGUCGACCCAAAUGCCCUCUCGUUUAUGAACUCCAUGAGCCAGCAGACGGGCUACUACACGCCGAACUCGGGUGGAUUGGGCACAGUUUUUCACAACCAAGCGGGCGACCUACAUACACCCAACCUGGGUCUCAACUUGAUGAGUCCACUCUCGCUUGGGCACCAAAUGACCGGCACAAAUCUUUCAACCGAUGGUUCAUCUAUGGGACUAGAUCCAUUCAAUCAACAGUACAUGUCGCAGCAUUAUCACAAUCCUCAAACAUUUGCUCCGCAACCAACUUUUGCGCCCGGCGCAUUGGUCCAUCGUGAUUCAGGUUAUGAUGCCAUGGAUGAUUCUGUGGAUGAACUGUCUCUAAAUGAUAUGGAAUUGCAGGCAAAUGCAUCUUCACAAUUAGUCGGUUCGACGCUCCCGUCCUCUGGGCAAUUGGACCCUGAGACUCCCGGCGAGAAGUUCCGCUACCAUGUUACGUUGCGUGCACCGACAGCUAUGGUCAAGGAUCAUAAUGAGAUCCCUGUCUCGUAUCUCAACAAGGGCCAGGCCUACUCGUUAUCCGUCGGCGAUACAAACCCGCCUCCUCAAACUGCGCAGCCAGUCAAAUACAGAACCUUUGUCCGUGUUUCCUUCCAGGACAAGGAACAGCGAUCGAAGCCAGCCGCUUGUUGGCAGCUUUGGAAGGAAGGCCGAGGCUCUAGUGAAGCUCAUCAGCGAGGUGGCAAGCUUCAAGCGGUGGAGUAUGUUGAUCCGAUCCAGGGAGGCAUUGAGGACCAAAAGAACAGGCAAAUUCAACUUGAGAGCUCAUCUUUUGAUGGCUUCUGUGUGACGUGGACGGCAAACCCGGCCACCGGAAAUCCGGACUGCGCAAUUUCUGUUCGCUUCAAUUUCCUGUCGACCGAUUUCAGUCACUCCAAGGGUGUCAAGGGAAUUCCUGUUCGACUUUGCGCCAAAACGGAGAUUGUUUCCCCGGAAGAGACGGAGUUGGGUUCUAACACGGAGUCCGAAGUCUGUUUCUGCAAAGUCAAGUUGUUCCGGGACCAUGGAGCUGAACGGAAGCUUUCGAAUGACAUUGCCCACGUGAAAAAGUCCAUUGAGAAACUUAGGCAGCAGAUUGCGCAGGCGGAAAUGGGUGCUGGCAAUUAUGGCAAGCGCAAACGUGUCAACGGCUCAAUAUCUCUCAAGGGCUCAGACGCGCGCCCUUCCAAGAUCACCAAGCAUAGACGUACCUGGUCAAUGGGCUCCCAAGAUGGUCCUGACAGGAUGUCUAUGGAAGAUGAUCUCCAUGUGAAACUAGCACUGAUGCAGGAAAUGUUCACCUCGACCCGGCCUGUGAGCAUUCUGUCUUUGCGCGGCGACGAGCAAGAUGAUCCCGAUCUAUUCCCUGUUCAACUAUCCGACGCGCGCGGGACUAGCAAAAAGGAGAAGAUGGGGUCUCAUUUCAGCGGAGAUGGGUUGAGCUCCCAAAAUCUAUCUCCGCUUAGCAGCUCCAUCUCGUUGAAUUCCCCAUUUACCUCGACCAACCUGCAGCAGUUCGCGUUUGACUCCUCGGGAAGCCGUGGAUCAGUGGGUACUUUCCAAGAGUCUUCUGAUAGCUCCGACGAUAAAUCCGUCUUGAGGCACCCGGUGAAGAUUCAACGAAACAACACGUCAGACUCCAACGUAUCUUUGGGCUACAUCGAGGCGGUAGACAUUGAUCCCGCAUACCGGCCUCCAGCAGAAUGUCCACCCAAGCCAAUCGCAUGUUUCUACGUCCGUUUCCCGCGAAAUGAUAAACAUCAGGACGACUACUACCGAGCGGUCUAUCUCACAGAACUAACAGUUCGUGAUCUGAUGGAAAAGAUCUCCUUGAAACAACAAAUCGACCCUCGACGUAUCGUCCGCAUUCUUCUCGUCAAGGAGAACGGACUGAGAAUCAUGGUGGAUGAUGAUGUGGUUCGUGAACUUCCCGACGGUCAAGAUAUGAUUGCCGAGAUCUCCGACACAUCAGUCUUCAAUGCCACCCCUGUCGCCGGUAACGAAGAGUCUUCGAACUUAGGAGUGGAGGUCAAAUUGAGAUACUGA